CUCCCUCUCCCUCUGUGCCCAGCAGUCAGGUGAGACAGGUAGGGGCCCCAGCAGGAGGUUGGGAAGCAAGAAAAGCAAGGAAGGGUCCACCUGGCUGUGUUCCCAGGCUGCUGCUGCCAGGCUCCUCCUGGAACUUGGGGUGGGAGGUCCCUCCUGUCUGGGCAGUGGCUGAGAGAGAGAUCUAUCCACUUUUAAUUCCUGGACCCUCCUCCCCAAGUCCCUGAGAAACCCAAAUUCUCGGGCCCCAGAGCUAGGACCCCAUGUGCCCCUCGGGGUGACUCAGACCCCCAUGGCACCUUCCACCUGUUCCCACUCUCAGCGGAAGCAGGUGAAAGCCACCUACUCGCAGCCAUGCCCUGAUGCCACACCCAAGGGUUCUUGGGGAACAUUAAUGGAAUAAAUGAGUGAGAAAAUCAAAGUUCACCAAGCUGAGCCCUUAAAGGGCAAUGCUGUGCGUGUGCCACAGCGCACAAUGGCUUCUCAUACCAGCUGAGAUGGGGUGUGUGAACCCGGGGAAUGGACCGGGCUGGACAACCUCUAAGGCUUCGCUCCAGCUCAGCCUGUGAAAGCCUGUGAAGGAAUCACCUCUCUGGUCCCCACCUCUGCCCCUGAGUGCUAGACCCAGGGAGGAAGAUACCCCAUGGACCAGUCAGACGCCCCCUGCUCCAGCACCGGGGCACGCUUUGCCGUGGCCCGCGAGCUGCUCCAGGCCGCGCUGGAGGACCUGAGCCAGGAGCAGCUGAAGCGCUUCCGCCACAAGCUGCGCGACGUGGGCUCGGAUGGACGCAGCAUCCCAUGGGGGCGGCUGGAGCGCGCGGACCCGAUGGACCUCGCGGAGCAGCUGGCCCAGUUCUACGGCCCGGAGCCCGCGCUGGAGGUGGCCCGCAAGACCCUGAAGAGGGCGGACGCGCGCGACGUGGCGGCGCAGCUCCAGGAGCAACAGCUGCGGCGGCUCGGCUUCGACCCCGCGGCGCUGCUGUCCGUGUCCGAGUACAAGAAGAAGUACCGGGAGCACGUGCUGCAGCGGCACGCGCGGGUGACGGAGAGGAACGCCCGCUCCGUGAAGAUCACCAAGCGCUUCACCAAGCUGCUCAUCGCGCACGAGAGCGCCGCCCCGUUGGGGGAGGCGCUGGGGACCGCGGAAGAGCCCGAGCCGCAGCGCGCGCGGCGCUCGGACACCCACACGUUCAACCGCCUCUUCCGCGGCGACGAGGAGGGCCGGCGGCCGCUGACCGUGGUGCUGCAGGGCCCGGCGGGCAUCGGCAAGACCAUGGCGGCCAAGAAGAUCCUGUACGACUGGGCGGCGGGCAAGCUCUACCAGGGCCAGGUGGAUUUCGCCUUCUUCCUGCCCUGCGGCGAGCUGCUGGAGCGGCCCGGCGCGCGCAGCCUGGCCGACCUGAUCCUGGACCAGUGCCCUGACCGCGGCGCGCCGGUGCAGCGGAUGCUGGCACAGCCGGAGCGGCUGCUCUUCAUCCUGGACGGCGCGGACGAGCUGCCGGCGCUGGAGGGCCCCGAGGCCGCGCCCUGCACGGACCCCUUCGAGGCGGCGAGCGGCGCGCGGGUGCUGGGCGGGCUGCUGAACAAGGCGCUGCUGCCCUCGGCCCUCCUGCUGGUGACCACGCGCGCCACCGACCCCGGGAGGCUGCAGGGCCGCCUGUGCUCCCCGCAGUGCGCGGAGGUUCGCGGCUUCUCCGACAAGGACAAAAAGAAGUAUUUCUACAAGUUCUUCGGGAACGAGAAGAGGGCCGAGCGCGCCUACCGCUUCGUGAAGGAGAACGAGACGCUGUUCGCGCUGUGCUUCGUGCCCUUCGUGUGCUGGAUCGUGUGCACGGUGCUGCACCAGCAGCUGGAGCUCGGCCGGGACCUGUCGCGCACGUCCAAGACCACCACGUCCGUGUACCUGCUUUUCGUCGCCAGCGUGCUGAGCUCGGCUCCCGCAGCCGACCGGCCCCGAGUGCAGGGCGACCUGCGCAAACUGUGCCGCCUGGCCCGCAAGGGCGUCCUCGAGCGCAGGGCGCAGUUUGCAGAGGAGGAACUGGAGCAACUGGAGCUUCGUGACUCCAAAGUCCAGACGCAGUUUUUUAGCAAGAAGGAGCGGCCGGGCGUGCUGGAGACGGAGGUCACCUACCAGUUCCUCGACCUGAGCUUCCAGGAGUUCCUCGCUGCACUGUCUUACCUGCUGGAGGACGAGGGCGUGCCCGGGACCGCGGCCGGCGGCGUGCGGACACUCCUGCGUGGGGACGCCCAGCCCCACAGCCACUUGGUGCUCACCACGCGCUUCCUCUUCGGACUACUGAGCGCGGAGCGAAUGGGCGACAUCCAGCGCCACUUCGGCUGCAGGGUCUCGGAUCAUGUGAAGCAGGAGGCCCUGAGGUGGGUGCAGGGACAGGGCUGCCGGGGAGCGGCACCAGAGGUGACCGAGGGGGCCAAAGGGCUUGAGGACACGGAGGAGCCAGAGGAAGAGGAGGAGGAGGAGGAGGAGGGAGAGGAGCCCAACUAUUCGCUGGAGCUGCUGUACUGCCUGUACGAGACGCAGGAGGACGCGUUUGUGCGCCAGGCCCUGAGCGGGCUCCCCGAGUUGGUGCUGCAGCGAAUGCGCUUCAGCCGCAUGGAUGUGGCUGUUCUGAGCUACUGCGUGAGGUGCUGCCCCCCUGGACAGGCACUGCGGCUGAUCAGCUGCAGACUGGUUGCUGCACAGGAGAAGAAGAAGAAGAGCCUGGGGAAGCGGCUGCAGGCCAGCCUGGGUGGCAGCAGCAGUUCUCGAGCCACUGCAAAACAACUGCCAGCCUCCCUUCUUCAUCCACUGUUUCAGGCGAUGACUGACCCCCUGUGCUGUCUGAACAGCCUCACGCUGUCCCACUGCAAACUCCCUGACGCAGUCUGCCGAGACCUCUCCGAGGCCCUGAGGGCAGCCCCCACGCUGACGGAGCUGAGCCUCCUCCACAACAGGCUCAGUGAGGCCGGCCUGCGUAUGCUGAGUGAGGGCCUAGCCUGGCCCCGGUGCCAGGUGCAGACGUUCAGGGUGCAGCUGUCUGGCCCCCAGCGAGGGCUGCAGUACCUGAUGCCCAUGCUUCGGGAGAGCCCUGCCCUGACCACCCUGGAUCUCAGCGGCUGCCAGCUGCCUGCCCCUAUGGUGACCUACCUGUGUGCAGUCCUGCAGCACCCGGGAUGCAGCCUGCAGACCCUCAGUCUGGCCUCUGUGGAGCUGAGCGAGCAGUCACUACAGGAGCUCCGGGAUGUGAAGAGAGCCAAGCCCGAUCUGGUCAUCGCACACCCAGCACUGGACGGCCACCCAGAACCUCCCAAGGAACUCAGCUCAACCUUCUGAGGCCCAGGUGGCCAGAGCAGGGUGGAAGACCCUAGUCUGAGUCCCUGUGGAGAGAAUCGCAGGACCCUGCCCUCACCUCUGGGAAACGUUUGAGCCCAGAGGCCCUGGACAGGCAUGUGGGAGGCCCAGACACAGCACCCUACCCCGUCCAGGACAGGCCCGGCACCUGCCCCUCUCUCCACACUCUGGGGGACCCCUCCUCCCCCAGCCCCACCACUACUGCACCCUCCUUCCUCUCCUGGGACCCUCCAGUCAUUCCCCUUGAAGACCCCCACCCCCACCAAGCCACACUAACGACGGUGAGAACUCCAAUUAACUAAACACCUACAGAACUGGCGGAAUGACCCUUCGCUGCCUGAGCCCAACCUGGCAGAAUGGCCCAGUAGCCUCCAUAACUGUGCCACUGUAGACUGAAGGUAGGCAGGUGACCGUCCCUGUUAAGAAUGAGACCAUCCCUGAGGCUGUGGCCUAGACCCAGAGGUGUCCAGUGUCUGAGGACUUUGGGAAGGGAGGCCAGGGCAGAGGCAGAGCAGAAGCCCGGUGCUGGGUGGGAGUGGUGAGCACACGGUGGCGAGCAGCCCCCAUGCCCUGGUGAUUGAUGCAUUCUCCAGCGUAUUCAUUGCCGUUGGCUUCUGUUACACCUGGCCAGGCCUGGUGCAGCUAGGUGCUCACAAGCUUUCCAGCAUCCCACUUUCACAAGGCAGGAUGAUGGCUCCGGCUCGAAUCUCAGGGGCUGCCUGACUGCAGAAACCGCUGCGACAAGGCUUGGCCUUGAUGGACAGGGCCAGCAGUGGACAGUCCUCGGGUCCUGGAGUCUUCUCUGCUCAACCGUGCUGGGCCGCUGAGACCCCAGUGUGUGUGUGUGCGUGGGGGGUGAGGGAGACUCUGGAUGCAGCCCCAUCACUUCCCAGCGGAAAUCCCCUUCUAAAAUCCACUUUCUAAGUCCAUUCCUUCAUUUCACAAAACACAAAAAUCCCUGUCCUCCUAGAGCUGACACUCCAGGUAGGAACACAAAACCUACACGAUACGUAGGAUAAUACAGUAAAUACGUAUAUGAACGUCAAUGCACGACACGCGUGUGACACCGUGCAGUGGCACUACGUCUGCUAUACACACACGUCUGCCAGGUGUGGCGGCACGUGCCUGCGGUCCCAGAUACUGGAGAGGCUGCGGCGGGGGUUCGAGGCUUGGGCCUAGGAGUUCCGGGACGCAGUGAGCUAUCAGGUUGCCUGGAAAUCAGCAAAAACCGCCAUUACUUUUGCCCCAACCCGGUAUGAUUGAGCCACUGCAGUCCAGCCCGGGCCGCAGGGAGACCCCCCCCAGCUCCAAUAAAUCAGUACAUGUGUUUAUGAUA